AUGUCUUACUUUGAUAAUUUUCAAAUUAAUGAAUCUAUUAAUGAUUCUGCAAUUUUUGAUUAUUCUUCUGAUAGCACUAUUACUAGUGAUAUUGAAGAUACUAUUACUCUUAGUGAUAUUGAAAACAUUAUAGAUAAUGUUGACAAUAAUAAUAAUUUUAUGAAUAUUGAUAAUAGUAAUUAUGAUGAUAAUAUGAGUGAUAUUGAAAAUUCUGAUUUUAAUUCACUUGAAAAUUGUAUUCUUACUACUUCUGGACCUAUUAUUUCUUCUCCAAUUAGACUUGGUCCUUCUUAUUCUUUAUUACAAUAUUUAGAAACUUUUCUUUUACCUGCAACUGAAGAUAAUUUUUCUUUAUCUGAUAUUAAAAAUGCUUUAUCUAAUAUAUCUUCAGAUGAUACUUAUGAUACUGAAGGAAAUCUUAUUUUUCCACAAAUAAAUUUUUCUAAUUAUGAAACAAAUUUAUCUAAUAAUAUAUUAUAUAAAUUUGAUUUAGAUUCCUUUUUAUUAAAUACUUAUUCUUUAAAUAUUAUUAAUACUCCUAUUCAAUUUUUUCCAUUUGCAAAUAAAAUGUGGAAUUUAAAACAUCACAAUCAUGAAUAUUGUGAUGUUAUUGAUCAAAAUAAUAUUAAAAAAAAAGAUAAAAUGAUAAAUAUUCCACAUAUGCAAUUUGCACAAUUUGGAGAUUGUAAUAAAAAUUCUGUUAAAUUAGAUUUUGGAAUUGAAUUUAUUUCUUCUAAUACUACAUCUUUUAAUUCUAUUUAUUGGAAAAGAAAUACUGUUAUAAAUCUUUUAUAUGGUAUUGGUGUUACCUUUUCUACUAAUAUUACAAGAUCAAGAAUUGAUAAUUGGGCUCAUACUUACGAUAUCUGUGGAGCUGUUGGUGAAGCUAAACAACGUGGAAUUCGGCAUAAUAUUUUUUAUGCACAAGCUUACCAUAUUGAAAAGGAGGUCUUUACAUCUUCUAUACCAACACUUUUAUCUGAUUUAAAUGAAAGAGAUGCUGUAUUUAAUUCUGAAAAAGUUCAAAAUGCUUGUGAUAAUUUAAUUGAAAUAUUUAAAGAAAAUUUCAAUAUGAAUUAUGGAGCAAGAUUAGAAUAUAGAAUUGGCUAUUCUAUUUUAGACUAUUUUUUUACUAUACUAUUAAAUAGAUUACCUACUUUUUUUAAUUCUAAUCCUUUUUAUAUUAUACCUACUGAGGAUAUAUUAAAUUUUAAAAUUGCAAAACUUAAAACACUUUUAAACACCUAUAAUCUUUCUUUAAAUUUUUCAUCACAACAACUUACUUCAAAUCACAAAGUUUUUAAAAUUUGUUUAGUUAUUUUAAUGAAAUCAAUUAACCAAAGUUUUACUGCAAUACCUUUCAUCAAAAAAUAUUUUGGUGAUUCAAAUUCUGAUAAUGAAAAUAAUGUUGGAACUUUAGAAUUAUACCAAAUAAUAGAAAGAUCUAAUGUAGCUUGGUUAUUACCUGAUAUUUUUGAUAUUGAUAAUUGUAUUGUUAAUUUUUCUUCACAAAUUAAUCAACAACAAUUAUUAAUAACAAUUCCUGAUGAAUAUAAAAAUAUUACUUCUGAAGAAAAAAAUCAAAUUGAAAAUUGGAUUGAUAUUAUUAAAGCAACAAAUAGAUUUGAUAAUGAACUAAAUUUAUUAAUUAACAAAAUUUGGUUAUUAUUUAUUGAAGAUUGUAUUAAUUUAAUACCUAGAAAAUUUAUUAUUACACCAUUUACUUCUUUUAAUGAAUUAUCUAGAAAUAUUUUAGAUAUACAUUUAACAGAUUCUAAUUAUUCUUUUACAACUUUAAGAAGAUGUGUUCAAAAUGAUACUAGAGUAUCAAGAUUUAAAAUGCAUUUUGAUUAUUUAAAAGAAAUUACAAAAGCUAAUCAAGGAUGGGAUAAAUUAAAAUAUUAA